AGCUUACCAUGUCUGAUAAGAAACCACAAAAGGCCAAGUUGCCCUGGGGUAUCGAUAAGCCAAAGCCAGGCUCAUUGAAGAAUAUAAGCAGUAGCAAACUGCAAGCGUUCAGCGUCGGAAUAAAUAAGAAGACACCUUUUCAAAGGCAAAAAGAGGAAGCUGAACUCAAAAAGAAGAAAGAGGAUGAGGAGGCAGCCAAGGUCUAUGCAGAGUUUGUGGCAGCCUUUGAAGACGAUGCGUCGAAGCCGAAGGGAUGGGUUAAAGGAGGAACAAUUGUGCCGACAGUGCUGUACAAUCAGGAUGAAGCAGACGGCUCCAGCAAGCUUCCACCAAAGAAAACCUUGUAUAUGCCACAACCAUUCGUGAAGGCUGGCGCAUCUGCCCCUCCGCCUGUGCGGAAACCAGUUAUCGAGUCAGAGCCAGAGCCAGAGCCUCCCGUGCCAAAGUCACAACGGAAACGAAACCUGGAUAUGUUUUUGGAAGAGCUCAAAAGGGAGCAGGAGGAGCGCGAUCAGCGCCUUAAAGCAAAGCACGCAAGACUGGCGGGCGGAGGGGAGCCGAGCUCGGACACCUCUUUCACGCUACGUGCAGCUUUUGAGGAUAAGCCUGGAUCGCACGAUACAGGAGAUCCCGAAACGACAAAUUUGUACGUGGGCAACAUCAGUCCAGCCGUUGAUGAGGAGAGACUGUGCAGAGAAUUUGCACAAUACGGGCCGAUCGCCAGUGUCAAAAUCAUGUGGCCAAGGAGUCAUGAAGAAAAAGAACGACAGAGAAAUUGCGGAUUUGUGAGCUUUAUGACUCGGGAUGAUGCUGCGAAUGCUUUGAAAAAUCUGGACGGAAAAGAAUUGAUGGGCAAUAUGAUAAGAGUCGGAUGGGGUAAGGCGGUGGCAAUCCCUCCCAAACCUGUAUACGUUCUACAAGGCUCUGCUCAAGCUCCCCCGUCUGGUCUACCUUUCAAUGCUCAGAUAUCUCGGAGCCAAGGAGGCUUUGGUGCCAUUCCACCACCUGGAAGCUUCAAAGCGGCAACAGUAACAGGGAAUGCUCGAAUGGAGGUGUGCGUAACGCGACCGAAGGAUCAGCAAACGAUCGCGACGAUACAUCGAAUGAUCGAGCGAGUCAUCAAAUACGGGCCUGAGUUUGAAGCCAUGAUCAUGGAUAGAGAAGCGGACAACCCACAAUUUAGAUUCCUUUUCAAGAACGACUCUGCUGAGCAUGUGUAUUAUCGAUGGAAGCUUUAUUCGAUUCUACAAGGCGAUCCAAAGAACAAGUGGCCGACCGAUCCAUUUCAAAUGUUUGACGAAGGGCCUGUUUGGUUACCACCAGAGAUACCGUUCGAUGAGGAGCAGGUUGAAGGUGACAUCUUGGACGUUUCAAGCGAGUCAGACGAAUCGGGUUCAGAUGUCGAGCGACCGCGACAUGUAAAAGGGCCUCUUACCCGCAUACAACGAUUACGCCUAGAGAACAUGCUUCGGAAGCUCAACCUUGAAAGGGGCUUGAUCGGAAGGAUUAUGGUGUUCUGUAUUAAGCAUGCGGAUGCAUGCGAAGAGAUCAUUGACGUAAUCACCAAAUCACUUUUAAUUCAAAGGACUCCGGUUUUUCCUGUGAAGAUUGCGCGACUCUACCUUGUCAGCGAUAUCCUUCAUAACAGCGCGACACCAAUACCCAACGCGUGGAAGUAUCGUUCGGGAUUUGAGCGCCGCCUUGAAGAGAUCUUCAGCCACUUUAGCGUCGUCCGGCGGAGCAUUGCGCUCAGAUUGAGGCAAGAGCAAAUGCGAAAGGCGGUGAUGAACCUUCUAUCGAUAUGGGAUAAUUGGAUUAUUUUCCCCCAGGAAUUUACUGAUAAACUUCGUGAGAAAUUCCUGGAAGAGGAGAAAGAGAGUGAUACAAAAAGUGAUUUACAGUCGCGGCUCCAGACGCAAAAGGAGCAGAAAACCGGGGUCUGGGCUUUGGAUGAAGAAGACCCGAGGGAGACGGAGAAGCAGGCCGCCUCUCGAAAUAACAAUUGGGUUCAGAAUGAUGAGGCUGCGGAAGGAACUGGUGGUUGGACACAUGAUGUAAAGGUUGAAAGAGAACCUAUCAAGUUUACGCUCUCCAAGCAGGAAGAAGUGUCGAAACCUAUUCCGAGCGAGGGCGAUCCGAACCACGGGGUGUUGGAUAUUGACCAAGAGGUAAAGCGGUUUGUGGACGAAUUGGAAUCCCAAGGGAUUGGGUUAGCAGAACGGACACUGCAGGGAGAGGAACUAAGAAAGCGGCUACUGAUGGAGUUGGUUCCAACAAAUGAGCAAACGGACGAGAUGGAUGUGGAAGAGACGAAUCAUGUGGCUGCUGUCAAGCCCCAGGUGGAAGAAGAUGAGGAUGAGGUGGAAGACAUGUUCGCGUAGCAAAAACACAAUAAACACUAUGUCUUAUUGGACAUGAAAUUG